AUGAAAUCGGAGAGUGCAGCGAAUUCUGAUAUAGUUGAGCCUGGUCAGGAAUUUUCGAAAUAUGUAUCACCACCUCCCCCAGAUCUUAGAGAUUUGAAUUGGCCGGUUUCCAAAGAAUCGGAGGCCAUCAUACAACAGAUAAUCAGAGAAAUUGGAGCUUGUCGAUUAGUACCUCAAGAUUCUAGAAUUGAACUUUCAUUCUAUUUGGAUGUAGAACGGUUCAAACGACGUGGUCUUGGAUUCAAAAUUGAGGGUUCGAGAGAGAGACUGAAACAAUUUUCUAUGAUCAAGAAUGAACACUUUCAAUUCGAGAUUCUGGACAGCAAUCUUACGAACCCAGCGAAGCCAAUUCUUGCCUGUUAUAAGCCUGAUACGGAGAGUGUCAUAUUAUUUGAAACUACAAGCACCCAAGACCGUUGGAAGAGAGAAAAACAAAAUACUGCUCCCAAAUGGCUCGUUGAUCAAUGGAGAAGAAUUAUAUGGUGCCAAGGCCUUUCAUCGGUACUAGACCCGAAAAAAGAUUGUGGCGAUAGAAUUCUAUGUUCGUUUCCAUACCUAAUUUCCGAUAGAAAGGCCCGUUUUGUAGAUGGUCCCAUUGAAAUGACGAUUCAACUUCACCUUAAGUGUUCGAAGAGGUUAGGUAGCAAAUCCGCAAAUCCUUAUUACGAUCAAAACAAUGGUUUUCACAUUGUUUUCUACGAGAAGAUCGGGUAUUGGAAGAUACCUAAAGGCGAAAGCUGGAAAACCGGAGAACUUUACCUGAAGACAGCUAAAGGUGAAGCUGAAGCUGAAGCUUUUCGAAGAAGUGCAUUCACAAUUCUUGCACGAUCGGAGUCACGUAAAGACCCCCAGGAAGAAGAAUCCGAGCUUUGCUGGACCUUACUGUUACUGACUCCGUCUGACUUCUUCCUGUCUCACGACAAUUUCGACAAUCCUCUCAAGCUUUCAUCCGGCCCCGACAUAAGAGAUAUUGCAAUCCAAAGAUGUAUGCUGACAGCAGAGCUCACCAGCAUUCUUUACGCUAUGAAGUUAGUUGUUAAACGGUGGGAAGAGCUGUAUCAGCAUAUAGAAGGCCUGCUACAUGAAGAUUUUAUGAAUCCCGCGACUUACGUCGAACUCUUAUUUGACGAUGAGAAUUUCAGCCAAUCUAGGCUGUACUUUUGGGUAAUUGGGUGUGUCAAUGAGUUCCAAAUCAGCAUCGAAGACAACAUUAAACAAUGGACGUUAUUUCGCGAGGCGCGCGUCGAAUCGUAUCUUGAAAGAAAUCAGGGUCAUGUGUCUCGAGACAACGAUUCAUGUUCAACGUCCAGUAAAAUGAGAAUGGGUAAGAAGAGGAAGGUUCCAGGUCCAGACGAGGAAAUUAAUACUGAGCUACCUUUUCGAAAUGCCGACGUUCCUAAAGAAAGUGAAUCCUCAGCCUCCUUUGACAACUUGAGAGAGAAUAGCCAGAAGAUCAAAAAUCUGGCCAAGAAAAUUGAUGUUGAGGUGGAGUCCUUGAUAAAUUGGCAAUCGCAAUUUAAGCACCAACAAGAAACUGCACAAGCUUACCGCGAUGGACUGUUCAAUGCUAGCGCUCUCAUGGAAAGCAGAGCGUCGACACGGCUAGGAGAGAACGUCAAGCUACUGACUUAUGUCAGUAUCUUCUAUUUACCACUGGCAUUUUGUGCUGCACUUUGGGCGAUCCCCGACAUCACCAGCAGUGGUACAAGAAGCCCUUUCAUACUCACAACUAUUCUUGUUGGGUUCGUAACAUACCUGAUUGUCUUCAAUCUCGGCAACAUUGUAAAGCAGUCGAGGAGAGUUUAUGAGCCGCUUAGGGCAGGUGUGAUAAAGCAGAUAUGUAAACAGAGCUCGGAUGACAAAGAGUCUUGGCGGCGGCCGGACGAAUCUGAGUGGGACAAGCGGGCCCAGAGAUUUGAAUCGACUUUUGGCCCCAAGAGAGGUGACGGAGAACCUUCGGAAUGGUGGAUUCCAAUCUAUUCGAUGACAAUCAUUUCCAAAUGGUUCCUUGUUCACUUUAGAAGUUUAUUCCGGUGGAUAAGUCAGUUUUUCUGGAAGAUUUUUGUUGCUUUUGGAAAUGCAUUUCAAUGGAUGCGUCAACUUCUUAAGUUUCCUCGUAAUUCAACAUCGAACAACAGCCAAGAGGAUUCAACAAUAAAUAAUACCGGAGAGACUGUUUGA